AUGUCGGCUGAGAACUUUGAUCUGGUCGAGUUUCUUAAUGCAAGAACUCUGCAGCGCGAUUCUGUCUUUUCAGAAGCUAUUCAACUGCUAGAAUCCAUGAAAUCGUCUCCUUCAUGCAACCGGAUUGCGGCUACAAAAUUACUCACGUCAUGCCAAACUUUGGGUGACCAUGCAAACGCUCCAGCAUCGGAUGUCCCCAUGACCCUUGAUCGGGUCAAAUCACUAUACGCGGCGAGACUUGCCAUUUGCGAACUUACAGGCGCUGGUACAGCUAUUCCUGCCGCAUGCUCGCCAUUGCAUGUUGUCUCAGAGAAGACUCGCAACGGCGGUCGAUCCGCGAAUAUGGACAUUCUAGAACCCGAUCCUAUUCCGUCGACAGUGCUUGACGCAUGCCUGAAAUCGCUCGAGUCACGACCCCAGUGGUGGACGAGCUAUAGCAACAGUAGACAAAACGCGAUUGUGAUAUGCCAGGCGGCGCGCAGCGAGGUGGAAAAGGAAGAUAUGCUGAAGCUUCACAGGUCGCUGGCAGAGCACACUGCCAAGUUAAAUAAGGGGCUGCAGGAAGCCCUUCGGAACGCUGCUACUGAUUCGGCCCAACACAGAGCCUUUGUGGAAGCGACAGAGGUCAUGCGAGCUGAGCUGCUCCGCGAGCUCGAGAAAAGUACCGUACGGGCUCGAGGGAUAUUUUCAGGUCUCUUAAACGAAAUUGAGACUGUGAUUGGAUCUUCCGUAGCAAAGGUCAUGUCAGCAAUCAAAGAUGUCGAGGCAGAUUCUACUGCUUUAGGCGAGGGUAUUCGGGCCUCUUCCAACGACGUUGAACAGUUGCAACACCGGCUUCGUGAAAUGCACGAGGAAGCUAUGAGCCGGAACGCCAAGUUUGCAGAAACACAGCAACGCGAGGCCAAAAUAAACCAGGAGCUGGCAGUUGCCAUGCGAUUGUCUCUGGACGCGUUAGUGACACAGGACAUGGCGAGGCUGUCUGAGAGGGUGGUUGGCGUUGAUGGAGCUCUGGAAUGGUUUGCUGAGCGGUUUUCUCUAAUCCACCAACAAGAGCAUCUCAUACUGGAGCGCCUUCAGUCGUUCGAGAGCGCAUUGGAUGAGUCUGGAUCCAAGGCAAAAGAGCUGCUCGAAACACAGACGUUACAAGCCAAGGCCCUGGCAACACAGUCAGAGGUCCAAGAAGCUCUGGGAGCUAGCGCCAAGGUUGCUCAGGCACUGCUAGACCAAUUAACCGCAAAAGCGGCGAAUCUCGAAACCGUGCUGGAGGAUACCGCCGUCAGAUUCAAUGACCUCCCGGUGCUAAGCGGCAUUUUGGGGAUCAAGUUAUCUCCUUGGACCUUGUGUUCCCUUUUAUUUGCCAUUAUCGCGGUGCAGAAUCCCAAAGCGGCCGUGCUAGUCGUGUUCUGCGGUGGUAAGUUCAAUCACUGUUUCCAGUCUUGUUAUAAUUCUGCUGACUCCAACUCUCAACAUUAG